AAACCAUUACUACUCAAUUUUCCUUUUCCCUCAACCAACUUGGAGGGGUCUCUCCCUCUCUUCCUCUUUCCCACUUCAAAAAGAUUCCAAAGGACAACACAACCAAAGUGAUUAACCACCUUCCUAACUCCCUCUUUUGCAAUUCCUAGAUAGACCUCAUUUUUCUUGUCACUAGCUUAAAUACACCAAUCACCCUUAACAUUUUUCUUGGAAUUUCAUUACCCUUUCUUGAGUUUCAUAUCACUCUUAGCAAGUCCUGCAAAAUGCCACCAGUACACUCUAGCCCUUAUUUCCAAAUGGAUAAUCCAGCCAUAAUGUCUUUGCUCCGGCAAACUGCGGCCGAGAAGCGAUCGAAAUCUAGUUCGGGUGGCCUUCUUAAAAUGUUCAAGCUCUUCCCUAUGUUAACCUCAGGUUGCAAGAUGGUUGCACUUCUAGGUAGGCCUCGAAAACCUAUGUUAAAAGAUAGUGCUACCACAGGUACUCUUUUCGGUUAUCGUAAAGGGAGAGUUAGUCUAGCCAUACAAGAAGAUCCUCAUUGCGUGCCAAUGUUUGUUAUAGAAUUACCAAUCCAUACAAGCGCAUUUCACAAAGAAAUGGCAUCGGAUAUUGUAAGAAUUGCACUAGAGAGCGAGACCAAGACUCACAAGAAGAAAGUGAUGGAGGAGUUCGUGUGGGCUGUGUAUUGUAAUGGAAGAAAGAUAGGAUACUCUAUUAGAAGGAAACAAAUGUCCGAUGAUGAGCUUCAUGUUAUGCAGCUUUUAAGGGGGGUUUCGAUGGGCGCAGGUGUUCUUCCCAGCCCAAAUGAAAAGGAAACAGCAGAUGGGGAAUUGACAUAUAUUAGAGCAAGAUUUGAUAGAGUUGUAGGAUCUAAAGAUUCUGAAGCUUUGUACAUGAUUAAUCCUGACGGUGCAGCAGGACCAGAAUUGAGUAUUUUCUUUGUCAGGGCUCAUUAGAUUGUAGACUCUUUGUAUUUAAAUUUAACCAAACAAUAUAUGUUUUACUAGUUUCUUGUUUUGCUUAUUUAUUGAUAAGAGGAAAAGAAUUAGUGUGGCUUUGAA